AUGGUUGUCAGUAGUCCAUUGUUUGAUAUUAAUCAAUUAAAUAUCGAGCAGCAGAAAAAAUUUGAUACCGUUUACAAUGAAUUAAAAUCAAAACAUACAUCUUAUCUUCAAUAUAAAUUUAAUUUACCUUUAAAGACUCAAUUUGAUAGUGAACAAGAAGAAAAUGAAUGGCGCUAUGAAUUGCACAGAUUUCUUCGUGCUAGAAAAUGGAAUGUAACACAUACGAUCAAAUCUCUUGUGGAAAUGAUACAAUGGCGAAUAGACAAUAACGUUGAUUCGAUUCUUGAACAUGCACCCAUGUCAUCUCGAAUGGAACUUCUUGGAAAAGUUGUUCCGAAUGCUCAACACGGCUAUACAAAAGCUCAUCGACCAUUGUAUAUUGAGAAAUCGGGUCUAAUUCACGUGAAUAAAAUAUUGAAAAUGUUUACAUCAGAGGAUCUAGUCCAAUGUCAUAUUUAUUGGCUUGAAUACUAUUGUCAAUUAGCAAGAGAACGUAGUCGACAAUUAGGAAAACAUGUGGAAACUUUUGCUAUGAUUACGGAUUUACACGGUUGUAAAUUGAACUUAAGAAAAGUACUUCCUCUAUUUAAACAAUCUCUUUAUAUCGAUGAAAACUAUUAUCCUGAACGUCUAGGACAAAUGUUGAUUAUAAAUCCACCAGCAAUUUUUCCUACUCUUUGGAAUUUAGUGAAACAUUGGUUUGAUCCUGUAACGAAAACAAAAAUAAUUGUCAUUAAAAAAGGUCCUGGAACAUCAACGUUAUUAUUACAACAUAUUGAUUCUGAUCAAUUGCCACGUGAAUAUGGUGGAACCUGUAAUUCAUGUUCAACUGCUCCGAAUUGUAUUCCUGUGUAUGACUGGGGCAAAGACACUGCCGAUGAUAAACAGGAAGAACAAGAAGAACAGGAAGGACUGGAAGGACAAGAAGAACAAAAAGGAUUGGAAGGACAAGAAGAACAGGAAGAACAUAAAGAACAAAAUGAGUAA